UAGUAGGUAUAGGAAGCGUGAUAAAAUGGCGUACAGUAGGCCUACAGGCAGAAGAAGUCCAGAUUUCGAACGCCCCAACAUGAGGAUAGUUCUUCUGGGGAAGAGCGUGUCAGAAAACAGUCUGGUGGGAAACUUCAUCUCAGGACGAGCAGCGUUUGACAGUGAAGCUCCUCCAGAUGUUGUAGAGAGAGUCGGAGGAAGACUGAAGGACAGACACGUGAUGCUCAUCAACAGUCCUCAGCUGCUCCAGACGAACAUCUCAGAUCAUCAGCUCACACAGACAGUGAGAGAGUGUGUGUUUCUGUCUGAUCCAGGACCUCAUGUCUUCAUAAUCACACUGCAGUAUAAAGACUUCACCGAGGAGGACCUGAGAAGAGUGAAAUAUAUGCUGGAGAGAUUCAGUGAAGAGGCCAUUAAACGCUCUAUAGUGAUCACGACUGAUGAAGAGACGAAAGCUAAUGAAUUCAUUCAACGAUUAACUGCUGAAUGUGGAGGAGGACAUCUGCAGCUUGAUCAUGAAAUAAAGAGACAGUUCUCUGGAAUAUCGCAGCAAUUAGAGACGAUACUCAGAGAAAGCAAUGAAGAAUUUCUCACAUGUGACAUAUUUGAUGAUGCUGAAGAAACAUUGGUGGAUGAAGAUCAGAGCAGAUCGGAGAUGCAAGAGGAUGAUUCUGAUAAGAUGGGAAAAAUUCUUUGCCACUCACGAUUGAAAAGUUUGUCAAUUCAGGCAUCUACAAAACCAGACCUGAACCUGGUGUUGUGUGGAAGUGAUGCUGCUCUGAAAGCCUCUGUAUUGAAAUGGUUCAUGGGGGAAAAAACACUUUCUAUGUCACAUCAGACGUUCAGCUCAGAGUGUGUGAUGGAGGAGGAGAAGAUUCAUGGUCAUCUGAUGAGUCUGGUGACGCUUCCAGCUCUGACUCUGCUCUCAGAGGAGGACGUGAUGCAUCAGACUCUCAGCUGUGUGUCUCUCUGUGAUCCUGGAGUUCAUGUUUUCCUCCUCAUUGUUCCUGAUGCUCCACUGACUGAUGAAGACAAAGCAGAAAUAGAGAAGAUCCAGAAGAUAUUCAACUCCAGAGAGCACUUCAUGCUGUUUUUCAUCUCAGAUCUCACUGUUGGAACACUAGUGACAGAUUUAGUCAAAUCCAGACCAGAAUAUCAGAUGUUAAUCAGAAGUUGUGGAGGUCAGUACAGAGUGAUGGGGUUAAAGGAACCUGAAUACUCCAGACAGAUCCCAGAACUGCUGGAUUAUAUAGAGAACAUGAAGACUGAACCGUAUUCACUUCAGAUGUAUAUGAAAGCUCAGGAGAACCGAGUCAGAUGUGAAGCAGAGGAGAAAUAUAAAGAAGAACUGAAGAGAAUGGAGAAUGAAAAUGAAGAGUUAAAGCAGAAGAUUCAGUCAGAAGGUGCUGAAGGUGAAGCAGAUGAUCUGGAGCAACUGAGGAUUGUGUUGAUCGGGAGAACAGGAAGUGGAAAGAGUGCAACAGGAAACACUAUUUUGGGUAGAAAGGAGUUUCAGAGCCGAUUGAGCACAGAUUCAGUGACGACUGUUUGCAUGAAGGGGGUUGUUGAAGUUGAUGGUCGAUCAGUAACUGUUGUUGAUACUCCAGGACUCUUUGACACGACACUGACAAAUGAACUAGCGGUGGAAGAAAUAAUGAAAUGUGUUUCACUGUCGUCACCUGGACCUCAUGUGUUUGUCAUUGUGUUGAGUUUAAGAUUAACCAAGGAAGAAACAGACACUGUAGAUCUGAUAAAGAAGAUCUUCUUUAGUUCAGCUCAGUUCAGCAUCGUUCUGUUCACUAGAAGAGACGAACUUGAGGAUGAAUCUAUAGAGGAUUAUGUGAAGAGAAGUACCAAUGCAGAACUGAAGAAACUGAUCAGAGAUUGUGGAAACAGAUUCCUGGCUUUCAAUAACAGAGAAAAACAAGACAAAACUCAAGUGAUUCAACUGUUAAACAUGAUAGAAGAGCUGAAAAAUACUAAUGAGGGUCGAUACUUCACUAACAGCAUGUUUGAGGAGGCAGAGAUGUCCAUUAAGAAGAGAAUGGAGGAAAUACUGAAACAGAGAGAAAAAGAAAUUCAGGCACAAAAUGAAGCAUUACAAGCCAAAUAUGAGCUGGACAUGAAAAACCUGUUGAAGAGACUCAAGGAAGAAAAACAAAGAGCAGAUGAGGAGAGAAUGAAGAUGGAGAAUCAGUUCAGAGAAAAUGAGGAAAAACUCAGAAAAGAGUUUGAAGAGAAAGAGAAAACAGAACAGAAUAAAAGAGAGAUUGAAAACCAGAAACGAUCAGCUGAAGAACAACAGCAAAGAGCUGAAUAUCAUCAAAAAAUAGAAGAAAUUAAGAGAGAGACUGAAAACCAGAGAUCACAGUAUGAAAAACAGCAAAAAGAAAGAGAAGAAGAAGAUAGAAAGAGAGAAGAGAAAUACAGACAAGAUCAAGAACAGAUGAGAAAUGAUCAAGAACGUGUUAUAACACAAUUAAAGAUGAAAGAAGAAGAAGAAAUAAAAAAGAGAGAUUUGGAGGAGAAAAGGAGGAAUGAAGAAGAAGAGGAGGAGAGACAGAAAUGGAAAAGAAAAAUAAAAGAGGCUGAAAAUGACAGAAAAGAGACUCAAGAGGAAAUUAAACGACAGCAGAGAGAAUGGGAGGAUGAAAAGAAACGACAGAUGAGAGAACACGAGGAAGAAGAGAGAAAGAGAAAAGAGACACACAAGAAAGAGCUGAGAGAAAAACAAGAAGAACUGGAGAAAAUGAGAAAGAAAUUUGAAAGAGAGAGAGAAGAAGAAAGAUUGAAUAUGGAGGAGAAGCGACAGAAACAGAGAAGAGAAAGAGAAGAAAAAGAGAGAGAAUAUGAAGAAAAGAAACUGGAAACAAAAAUAUAUUAUGAUCAGCUGGAGCGAGAGAGAAGAGAGGAGUGGGAGAGAAGAAAACUAGAAGAUGAUGAGAGACGAGAAGAAGAGAGAAAGAGAUGGGAGAAAAUGAUUGAAGAUCUGAAACAAGAGCAAGAAGAAGAGAUCAAGAAAAGAGAAACAGAGAGAAAAGAAAGAGAAGAGAAAGAGAGAGAUGAAAUGAAACACAAACAUGAAGAGGAAAUAAAAGUCGUGAAGAAGAAACAUAAAGAUGAAGCCAGAAAACAAGCAGAAGAGUUUAAUGAGUCGAAAGAAAGAAAACUGCAGCACGUUCUGGAGCUCACAGAGAUGCUUAAAGAAUGUCAAGAACAACAUGAAUCACUGGUGAAACUCCAUCAACACCUGAAAGUGCAGACAGGAGAAGAAAUAAAAGAACUAGAACUAGAAGUUGAAAAACUGAAAAAUAAGUCACGCUGUGUUAUUCUGUGAAUUUAUUUAAGCAUAAAGUCAAGACAAUAUUACUGUAAUGCCUCAGUUUUAUUUUGUAUAGUUACUUAACUGAAGAUUUUGUUCUGUGAUUAUUUUUGAGAUUUCUGGAUACUGUUUGAUUGGAAUUUGAUUGAAAAAAAUUUCAAGAUAUUGUUAAAAGAUAUUCUGUAAUAGGCAAAAAAAUACAGUUUCAUUUUAUAUGUUCUAAUGCCUAGAAAAGUUACUUCAAUGAACAAGAAAGAGAAUAUAUAUAAAGAGAUGACCGUGGACUUCAGGAAGAACCCCCUGCACUCCCCCCACUCACCAUCAUGGACAGCACUGUGACUGCAGUGGAGUCAUUCAGGUU